AUAAAGGAGAAAAAGAGUCACGCGUGAAAUGUAAGAGAGCGCGUUUACUCUAUACAAGACCACUCUCCUUUUCAAGUAGAGAGAAUCCAUCGUCUCUCUCUGUCUCUUUUAUUUUAAUGGUCGGCGGAGAACCGUGAUUUGCUCCAAAUCUAGACAAACAAACACGAAAAAGGCUUUCAAUCUCCAUCCUCCCGUUAAUACCGCCACGUGUUCCUCUCCAUCUGUCUCUCUUCUCUCUCCAAAAAUUCUCAAACUCAGUGAGUGUGAGGACUCGAAUUACUCCAAUCGAUCGAAACAGAGAGAGAGAGAGAGAGAGAGAGAGAGAGAGAGGCCAUGUUUUGAUUUUGUCUCUCCUCUCUGGGGGCGAAUCUGAGAAUGUUAUUAAGACCGAAGAUGAUGAUAAGCUCCUGGCUUGGCAAAGAUGCGAAGAAGAUUCUCAAACGCAAAGACAGUGACGCCGGUGAAAAAGGGAAAGCACUGGAGGAGUUGCGAGCAUCGUUGUUCAACAGAUUCCGUUCGCCGGAGACUCCAAAGAGACAGCAGCAACAGCAACAGUCGCAGCACCGUAUCUGUGGUCCAACUCUUGCUCUCACUUUCAACUUCUUCGUUGCUAUUAGCAUUAUCUUCAUGAACAAAUGGGUGCUUAAGAACAUAGGGUUUGAGUUCCCAGUGUUCCUCACAUUCAUUCACUACAUUGUGGCUUAUCUACUAAUGGCUCUUCUCAAAUCAUUCUCUCUUCUCCCCGCUCCUCCACCUCCUUCUUCCUCCAAGUCAUCGUCUCUUUCCCUCUACACUCUCGGCAUUGUUAUGUCACUCUCUACUGGUCUCGCUAAUGUUAGCCUCAAGUACAACAGUGUUGGAUUCUACCAGAUGGCGAAAAUCGCAGUCACGCCUUCAAUUGUGUUUGCAGAGUUCUUGUGGUAUAGAAAGAGAGUUUCUUUCACGAAGGUGGUUGCACUUACAGUUGUAUCUGUAGGAGUUGCGGUUGCGACUGUAACAGAUUUACAGUUCAGUCUGUUUGGUGCUUGUGUGGCUUUAGCAUGGAUCAUACCUAGCGCUACCAACAAAAUCUUAUGGUCAAACAUGCAACAACGAGAGAACUGGACCGCGUUAGCGUUGAUGUGGAAGACAACACCAAUCACUCUCUUGUUUCUUGUAUCAAUGAUUCCCUUUUUGGAUCCACCAGGCGCCCUGUCCUUCGACUGGAGCCUUCCCAACACAUCCGCCAUUUUUGUUUCAGCGUUUCUCGGGUUCUUUCUUCAGUGGUCAGGAGCUUUAGCUCUCGGAGCGACUUCUGCGAUCACACACGUUGUGCUAGGACAGUUCAAGACCUGUGUCCUCCUCCUUGGGAACUUCUACAUCUUCGGGUCGAAUAGUGGUGUGGUUAGCGUUUGCGGUGCUGUUGUGGCGAUUAUAGGGACGUCGUUGUAUACUUAUCUUAACACGAGAGGUCAGUCUCUUAAGGCUUCGUCUUCUUCUUCUUCUUUGGACAAGAAGUCAAGAUUCAGUGAGCUUAAGGAUGAUGAGAAGAAACUUGAACCUUACGGCUCUGACGCGGUUUAGCAUUAGUCCUUUAACAUUUCUUUUCUAGUAUAGUUUUAAUUGAUUUUUUUCCACGUUCACUACUUAUUUAGAUUCCAACUUUUUUGGUCUCCUUGUUUUCUUUUGGUAGCAAGUGUUUCAAUUAAAAGGUUCUGUUUUCCUUUUGUUAAUUUUUGGAGAUGUAUAUGUGCUGUACUCUGAAAUUUUAAUAAUUUUUCAGACAGAGAAUUUAUCA